CAGGUGCUGACACCUGAAUAGAUGUAUUGUUUACAUCACGUGACUACUUGACCAUCUGUCUUGGUCGGCAACUAACAGUACUAACUGCACUCACGACACGUGACCGACAGUUGAUCAGAUGAUCCAGAGAAUCUGACACACCCCCGAAGUACCUUUGCCCCAGAAUUUGGCGUAAUCCGGCACGAGUGAGUAAGCAAAAAAUUGAAAGUUCAAAAAAUCAUUCUUUUAUCCAAACUAAUGGCUGGUGUAGAUGACUACUCAAACUGGAUGGGUAACCUACCAGAGGAAAAACAUUCUGUCCCACUAAACACGCUGGCAAUUCCAGGUUCUCACGACUCAUUCAGCUGUCAUUUAGACAAGACAGGAGAAUUAUCACCAGACAACGAAAAAGCCAUUUUCGACCUAUGUAAGAUAUUUGGCAAUAUGGCUAAAGAUAUAAUUUACAAUUGGUCCGUUACACAGAGUAAGACAUUUACAGAACAACUCAAUGCUGGGAUACGUUAUUUUGAUAUGAGAUCCACUUCUAAACCAGGAUGUGAAGACAUAGUGUUCUGUCAUGGAAUGUAUGGCGAUAAAAUUGAGGAUUCCCUACGAGAGAUUGACCAGUUUUUGAUCGAUCAUCCAAAGGAGGUUGUUUUACUCGAUUUCAAUCACUUUUACAAAAUGAAUGAUUUCCAUCAUAAACAAUUCCUCUCGAUGAUUCUUGAAGUUUUCGGGUACAAAAUGUGUCCUUUUCUCGAUGUGGAGAGCGUAACCCUUGAAAUGCUUUGGGAGAACAAUCUUCAAGUUAUCAUUUUCUACAAGGAUAAAAUUGCCUCAGAUUACCUUCAGUUCUUUCCUACACAAUCGAUAAUGUCUCCUUGGGCCAACACACCUGAUUGCGACAAACUCCUCAAAUUUCUUGAUGACAUAUACUCCAAUGGACACGAUCCUGAGAAAUUUUGGGUGUGGCAGGGGGUUUGUACACCAGAUGUUGGAACAAUCAUGAGAUAUUUAACAGGCUCUUUAAAAACAGAUAUAGCAAAAAAGGUGGCGCCUAGAUUUAUGUCAUGGUUGAGCGAUAAGAAAACAGGGCCAACUGGUAUCAAUAUUUGUAUUUUAGAUUUUAUUGAAAUGGAGAAUUAUGUUCCAUGUGUUUUGGCCUUGAAUGCCAAAUGUCAGUUUGCUAUAUUCACCAUAUCUGUCGUCUAUUAAU